AUGCUCCACCAUUCCCAUUUCCUCCACACCCACACUCACACUCACACUCACACCUUCCUCCGCCGUCUCUCUCUCCUCUCCCUCUCCCCAUCCCCUCCCCAAUGCCCCAAUCUCCUCCCCCUCCUCGCCGCCUCCCGCUCCCUCCCCGCCACCCAGCGCCUCCACGCCCUCGCCCUCCUCCACGGCCUCCUCCCCUCCAGCGUCUCCCUCGCCGCCGCCCUCAUCCUCUCCUACGCCGCCCACGCCUCCUCCCCCCCUCACACCCUCCUCUCCCUCUUCUCCCCCUCCGCCCCCUUCUCCACCUCCAGCUUCCUCCACAACACCCUAAUCCGCUCCUCCACGCUCCUCCCCGCCGCCUCCGAUCUCGGAUUCGCCGCCUACAACCAUUUACUCGCCGCAACUCCUUUUUUUCCAGACGACUACACCUUCCCCUUCGCGCUCAAGCUCUGCGCCGAUUCCCGCCGCUUGUCGAAGGGGAUAGAAAUCCACGCGAGGCUGAUUAAAGCUGGACUUGAUGGAGAUUUGUUUGUGAAUAACACCCUGAUUUUAUUCUACGGUAGCUGUGACGAAUUGAGGAGUGCGGAUAAAGUGUUUGAUGAAAUGCCGGUUAGAGAUUUGAUAUCAUGGAAUACAGUUAUUCGGGUUUUUUCGGAUGAUUACUGUUUUUCAAAAUCAAUUGGUUUGUUUAGGGAUAUGUUUCUAAAGUCUGAUUUCUUGCCAAAUGUGAUUAGUGUUGUGAGUGUUUUGCCAGCGUGUGCUGCGUUGGAGGACGAGAGGUUUGUCCGUUUGAUACAUUGUUACGCGAUCAAGGCGUGUUUGGGUGGCGAAACGAAGGUUGGAAACGCGUUGGUUGACGCAUAUGGCAAGUGUGGGAAUUUGAGGGCUUCUGAGAGAGUUUUUCGUGAGAUGGAUGAGAGAAAUGAGGUUUCUUGGAAUUCGAUUAUUGGUGGUUUUUCGUAUAGGGGUUUAACGAGAGAUGCGUUGGAUUGUUUUAGAUCGAUGAUCGUUGAGGGUGUGAGAUUGAACACUGUGACGAUUGCUACAAUCUUGCCGUUGAUAUCGGAGCUGAAUCUGUUCAAUGAGGGCUCACAGCUUCACGGAUUCAGUGUGAAAUCGAACAUGGAUUGUGAUGUCUUCGUUGCUAAUGCGUUGAUUGACAUGUAUGGCAAAUGGAAGCGUAUGAGUGAGGCUUGGGAGGUCUUCUACGCGAUUGAUGCAAAGAACAUAGUGUCGUGGAACACGAUGAUCGGGAACAUGACACAGAACGGGCUUGCAACGGAAGCUAUAGAGCUAGUUAGAGAAAUGCAAGCUCAUGGUGAAGUUCCUAAUUCCAUUACUCUGACCAAUGUUCUUCCUGCUUGUGGGAGAGUCGGCUCUCUUCGUCGUGGCAGAGAAUUGCACGCUAGGUGUGUCCGUUUCUGGCCAGCAUUUGAGCUAUUUGUCUCAAAUGCUUUGACAGACAUGUAUGCCAAGUGUGGUCGCCUCGACCUUGCUCAGGCUAUGUUUGACAUAUCGCCCAGGGAUAAGGUGUCGUACAACAUCCUCAUCGCUGGCUACUCUCAGACGAGCCAGAGCUCGAAAUCUAUAACCUUAUUCCGAGAGAUGGAAAUGGUGGGGAUGAGUCAUGACACUGUUUCCUACACCGGAGUCUUGGCUGCCUGCGCGAACAUGUCCGCGUCUGAGGCAGGGAGGCAGAUUCACGCGCUGGCCGUGAUUAGGAUGUUUGACGAGCAUCUCUUCGUUGCAAACUCGCUGUUGGACAUGUACACUAAGUGUGGGCGGAUUGACAUUGCGAUGAAGGUGUUUGAUCUGAUCCCGGUUAAGGAUACUGCUUCGUGGAACACGGUGAUUUUAGGAUUCGGGAUGCUCGGGGAGUUCGAGGCCGCAGUCAAGCUCUUCAAAUCCAUGAAGGAGGAUGGCGUCCGACACGACUCUGUUUCUUACAUAGCAGUGCUGUCGGCCUGCAGCCACGGCGGCCUAGUCAGGACGGGGAGGGAGAUCUUCGACGAUAUGUUGGUGCAAGGCGUGGCGCCAUCGGAGAUGCAUUAUUCUUGCGUGGUGGAUCUUCUAGGGCGCAACGGGCUUAUGGAGGAGGCGGUGGGGGUUGUUAGGGGCAUGCCGGUCGAGCCAGGGGCGAACACGUGGGGGGCGUUGCUCGGGGCUAGUCGGGUUCAUGGGAACGUGGAGGUGGGGUGCUGGGCUGCGGAGAGGCUUCUUGAGCUGCAGCCGGAUCAUCCCGGGUACUACGUGGUGCUGUCGAACAUGUACGCGGAGGCCGGGAGGUGGGGCGAGGCGGAUCGGGUUAGGAAGGUGAUGAGUUUGAGAAGAGUGAAGAAGAAAGCUGGGUGCAGUUGGGUUGAGAGUGAAGAUCAGAUGCAUGGUUUUGUUGCUGGAGACAGAUUUGAUCCGUAUGUAGCAUUCAAUAUGUGAACAUUUUUUUUUCUAAAUCAAGAUUAAGAUAUUGCUUUGUAGUUUGAUUUUUAACCAAUUUUGGAUGUAUAGUAUAGUAAAGGCCAAUUUUGCCAUA